AUGGCUGUAAGGAAAGAAGUACAAAAAAGACCAAUAAUGAAAACCAGAUCUAAAAGAAAAAACACCAUUUUAUUAGGUUCACUCAUUGUUUCUUUGUGUGGACUGUAUACAUUCUUACAAUUAGAUAAACUCCCUAAUUUUAAAACUAUCGAUGCAGGUAAGAAUAAUACGGAGUUACCAUUAGGUCAACUGGAUAACAAACUAAUCGAGCUAGGGUUGACGACUAGAGAUCCUAUAAACAUACGAAACAUAAGGACAAACAGUCAGCGAAGAUUGCACGGUAGAUUUCUGCAUAUCACUGACAUUCACCCUGAUCGGUUCUAUGAGGAGAACGCCCCUAUCAAGAACCUUUGUCACCCAGACACUGAGGAAUCCAAUCUCCAGAAUGGCGGAAAGAAUGAUUGGUCGUCAUCAUUAGCUCCUCGGUUUGGGAAAGCAAUGUCUGGUUGCGAUGCCUCUGUUGAUUUGAUGGAAUAUACCUUGAAGUGGAUUAACGAAACAUUAAGGGGUCAUAUUGACUUUGUUAUUUGGACUGGCGAUAAUAUUAGACAUGAUAAUGACAGACAAAUACCUAGAACUGAAUCUCAGAUAUUUGAAAUGAAUGAAAUAGUAUCUGGGAAAUUUCGUGAUAUAUUUGAGAAUAAAAGAACUGCAGACCCAAGAGAUUUUGACAUAGAGGUUGUCCCAAGUUUGGGAAAUAAUGAUGUUUUCCCACAUAACAUGUUUUCAUUGGGACCAACGUUACAAACCAGGGAAAUGUUCAAAAUAUGGGACGUUUUUAUUCCUCAAGAACAAAGACGUUGGUUCGAUAGGGGUGUGACUUACUUAAAGGAAGUCAUUCCUGGAAAACUUGCCGUGAUAUCGAUCAAUACUUUGUAUCUAUACAAAGCUAAUCCACUAGUGGAUAACUGUAACUCCAAAAAAGAACCAGGCUAUCAAUUAUUACUAUGGUUAGGUUAUACCUUAGAAGAACUUAGACAAAGAAAUAUGAAGGUCUGGCUUUCAGGUCACGUACCACCAAUUCCAAAGAAUUUCGAUAAGAGUUGCUACGACAAAUUCACAUUAUGGACUCACGAAUAUAGAGAUAUUAUAGUAGGCGGUGUAUAUGGUCACAUGAAUAUGGACCAUUUUAUUCCUAUCGAUGGUGAGAAGGCAAGACGUGAUCUGGAGAGUCUCAAGGAUGAGAACUUUUGGUUUGAUGAGUUGAACGAGAAACAGCAACCGUUAGAUAUAUAUCAGUAUGCCGAGGCUGCCAGUGAAGCACAUUUGAUGGGUGCAAAACCAGUGAAUAAAGUGUCCUAUAUGAACACGGUAAAGGAAGAGUAUUAUGAAGGAAUUCAAAAAGAACUGGAACUUGCAAGUUCGACUGAGAAUCCCUUUGAUGAGGACCAAGAGGAAAAUACCAAUUCUGACAUCCCUGCAGAUGCCAUGAAGGGUAAGAAGAAACAUAAGAAAAAGAAAGGGAAUAAACCUACCAAGGAUGAAAUUUACGAAAAAUACUCUAUUGUGAAUAUUGCAGGGUCUGUUAUCCCAACAUUCAACCCAUCUUUCAGAAUUUGGGAAUAUAAUAUUUCCGGUAUUAACAAUGAAGUCUUAACUACUGAAGACUAUAAACCAUGGGAUGAUUUUUUUGCUGAUUUGGAGAUUAAAAUAGAUAAUGAGCUAUCGUCAUCUGACAGCAGUGGAAAUUCGAUGAAUAUCAUGAAGGGUAAGAAAGGUGGAAGGAAGAAACCCGAUAAGACGAUACCAAAGAAGAAGCCGGCAGAAUGUCCAUUGGGUCCUGCCUAUACUGAACAGUUAUUUUCUCCAACCAAGUUUAUUGAGUAUUAUGCUGACUUGGAACAAAUAAAUAAAAAUUAUUUAUCUUUGUUGAAGGAUGGAAAAAAUAAAGAUGAAGCAGCUGCAGAAGCCUUUAAGUUUCAGGUAGAAUAUACUUCUGACGAUAAACCUUAUAGUAUGAAGUCGCUAUUAGUGAAAGAUUAUUUGAACGUCGCUGUUGAAUUGUGCGACGAUUCAACUGAAUGGACCAAAUUCUUGGAUAGGGCAUUUAUUUCCUCUGGAUAUAGCGAGGAAUAG